AUGACGGUCCCUAAUCCUGAAGAAUGUGCUGCAGCACCUAAAUGGAUAGUAGUGGAAGAUGUUCUUUUCUUUCAGGGGAACGAUCAGAAUCAACGGAGAAGUUCUUUUAAUGAAGAAGACGUCAAUGUAAUCAACUGCAAAGCCAUUACUUGUGUACAGGAUGACUGGGAUGUGGAAGAGUUUAUCUCAAAAACCUGCAUGGAGAGGUUCCUCCAUCAUCGAGCUUUCAAGAUCCUGAUAGUUACCAUUGUAAUCAGCAACGCAGUCGUCAUUGCUUUACGAACGGAGCCAGCACUAGAAGAAAAAUACUUUGGCUUAUUCUCUGCCAUCGACAAGAUUGUUCUGUCUUUUCUAAUCUGUGAAGUCAUUCUCAACUGGUACUAUGGAUUCUCUCUGUACUGGAAGGAUGGCUGGAAUAUCAUCAAUUUUUGUAUUGUCUUGUAUCCAGCCAUUGGUUUAAUCUUUCCUAAAUUGGACCAAACACUUUUUCGAACAGUCAGAGUCAUGAGGCUGAUACAAGUCUGUACCUUGGUUAAUGGCCUAGCAAGGAUGAUCCAGGUGAUCUUGCAGUCCAUUCCUGACAUGGCAAAUAUCAUGAUCCUACUUUUUGCCAUCAUGCUGGUCUUCUCUGUGUUUGGAGUGACCCUUUUUGGAUCCCUCAUCCCAAAGCAUUUUGGGAAUCUGGGGACGGCUCUGUAUUCUCUUUUCAUCUGUAUCACCCAGGAUGGGUGGAUUAAUAUUUAUAAUGACUUUGAAAAUGAAGGCAUGGCCUUAGAGAUAGGUGGGGCCAUCUACUUCUUUAUCUUCAUCACCUUUGGGGCCUUCAUCUUUGCAAAUCUGCUGGUGGCUGUAGUGACAACCAACUUGGAACAAUCUAUGGCUGUGUAUAAUGAGAAGCAGCAGUUGAAAACUGAGUUCCCUUCCAUUUCGGGCUAUGCUAGAUUUGAUGAUGACACCGAUGAUGACUUCGCUACAUCCCAGUCAGAACCAAUGCAUUUAAAGGAAGUUAUGCACGAAACACCCAUGGUUCAUCAUCAGGAGUUGCUCAGCUAUGGCAAUUUGGGCGGUCUGAAUGAGAGUACUUGUGAAGAUCUCUGCCUUGUCCUAGAAGCGAUCCAUGAGAACUUAAAGGGAUAUUGGGUGAUCAGGGAUGAGCUGGACCAGAUAGUCGAGGAGGUGAGGUUCCUCAAAUUCAACAUACAGCAGGAGCAAGAGAUUGUUCUACGAAACAUCCGUGGGGCCAACAUUUCAGAAACGAUGUUUGCCAGUGAUGCUGCUCAUGCAAAGACUGCUGAUGUUCUGUCUAUGUUGAUGAACCUGGAGAAGUCUCACAUGCUUGACACAGAGUACCAAAAGGGAGGAGUGAAAUCAGCAGCCUUGAGAGCCCGACGGCAGUCUAUAGUAAGUAGAAGAGUGGCUUGAAUGCCCUGGGUUGAAUUCACUUUGGCACAGGCUAAUAUAUACUAGGUAGAUAGCCAAUGGGGUGGUGGCGAGGGCUAUAUAAUGAAUAUCAUCAUGUUUAGUUCCUAAAGCAAUGAUAAAUGUCUUUUUGAGCUACACCUUACUUUUGUGGGAGAAGGAAGGCCAUGGGCAUCUCCUGGGGGACCAGUGAUGUCACAUGUAUCAUCACAUCAUGACACACAAGAUACCAUUUUGGCUUCUACUGGAUACCUGUCACAAGGGCCACAAUGGGUGGGAAAAUAAUGCAAAAUUAACAAAGCACUUGUGG